AUGUACGAUUCGACAAUCUUGAACCGACAAAUGGUCCCGCCAUACAUCUUUGUCCUUGGCAGCAACGCCAGCAUCGUCUACAAUGAACUCGUCCUCAAGGCAGGUCUUCCCGUCGCCUGGCCCUUUUGCUCCGUGGCCGACCAUCUCGCCAGCGGUGCCGUCUUCCUCGGCAGCCCCAUCCUGAAGCUCGUCGAGACCAACAAACACGAGCGCCGUGAUGCCCUUUUUGCCCGAAGCCGGGCCCGCGCCACCACGCGCGGCAUCGAGCUCGGCGUCGACGACAGCUUCUAUGACCCCACAGGCAAACUGCUCUGGACGCGCGCUCUGGUGUCCUAG